GUCGAGACGAAAAUACAUUUUUCGCAGGAAAAUCCCUUUAUUUUGUAGAAUUUUUCUCUUGUUGAGCCAUAAAAUGAACAUUCGACAGCAGUAGAUAGGAAAAAUAAUCGAAAAUCGUUCAAAAUUCACGGCAAUUGACGAUUUUCUCGUAAAAUAAUGUUUCGUAGUCGCAGCUGGUUUGGCUGGAACAAGCCAAAAUCCAAGUUGUCCUUGGAUCAUUUGAAGUAUUUGCACUCUGUUCUCGAAAAGAAUCAACUUGUCUCGGAGACAAAUAAGAGUUUGCUCGUCGAAUCUCUGCGUAGUAUAGCUGAAAUUCUCAUCUGGGGAGAUCAAAAUGACUCGAGUGUCUUUGAUUUCUUCUUGGAAAAAAAUAUGCUGUGUUAUUUCCUGAAUAUCAUGCGACAAAAGAGCUUUGUGUGCGUGCAACUCCUUCAAACAUUGAAUAUUUUGUUUGAAAAUAUUCGGAAUGAGACGUCGUUGUAUUAUCUACUCAGCAACAAUCAUGUCAACUCAAUUAUCGUACACAAAUUCGAUUUUAGUGACGAAGAUGUCAUGGGAUAUUACAUUUUGUUCCUCAAAACGUUGAGUUUGAAGCUCAACACGCACACCAUUCACUUUUUCUACAACGAAUUGACGAAUGACUUCCCGCUGUACACGGAAGCGAUCAAAUUUUUCAAUCAUCCGGAGGGCAUGGUGCGAAUUGCGGUGCGGAACAUCUCACUAAACGUCUAUCGCGUGCAUAACGAGUCAAUGUUGCAAUUCAUACGUGAUCGUACGGCAGCUCCGUACUUCAGUAAUCUCGUUUGGUUCAUCGGAAAGCACAUUAUUGAAUUAGAUUCGUGCGUAAAAAAUGACCAGGAUCACCAAUCGCAGGAUAAACUAACGAAUUUGAUUGCCGAACAUCUGGAUCACUUGCAUUACUUGCACGACAUUCUCUCACUCAACAUUUCCGACUUGAAUGCCGUCCUCACGGAACAUUUGCUGAACAAACUUUUUGUUCCGUUGUACAUUUUCUCGCUGACGCCGGCGCCUCCGAUCUCCAUGGCACUCGUAACGAAGAAUUUGGCGGAAGUUUUGAACAAACACGUUGAAAUUGACGUGCAAGAGCUGGAUAAUCCUCGAGUGAGUCCCGUUGUGGGUCUUUUUGCGCUUUCUUUGGUCUUUUUGGUCAUGCAACAUCCGCCGCUUGUUCAUGCCCUCGCUUGGGUAAUCUUGAAUGGGGAUCACAGCAUCUUCAAAGAAGGCACGAAUUCGUUACUUUCCUCAUAUUCGGUUGAAAAACGCGAUGGAGUACCUUUGGGAUUCGGAAGACCGCAAGAAUUGGAAGAAGCAUUGGAAUCUACGAUCGCCUCGUCGUCAAGAACGAGCAGCAGAGACGAAUUAGAGAGUAUCGCAAUCGAUCAAGCAGCUGUCGAGGGUCUGGAAAAGUGCAAUAUUACAGAUGAGGAGAAGGAAAAGUUAAUACGAAGGUCUUUGGGAUCCGAUGAAACAUCAAGACCUUUCUUGGAUAUGGUCCUAAAUUCGUUGGAUUGCUCAGAAAAUGAUUAUUUGCCACUUUUAUCGCUUUGUCUCAUACAUGCUCUUGCCAAUAAUCGAGGCAUUGAUGCAGAUUGGUUAGAAGCAACAUUAAAUCAAACUGUAGCCAAUUCCACGAACAAAUAUCACACAGUUCUUGUCGAAAAGUUGAUGCAAAUCAUCCAUUUGAGUAGUCAACCUUCGUGUCGCAUUCGUCUCGUCACCGUCGAACUCACAAUCAAAGUCCUGAUGCAGCGAAUUUGUUCGGGGAAGCGAAAUGCGCUCAUCAAUGAUGCCCAUCGACAGUUGCUUGUCUCCGCACGAGAUCAGAGCAUGACUGUGUUGCGAAAUUUCUACAAAUCCGAAGACAUUUUCUUGGAUUUGUUCGAAGACGAGUACAAUGAGAUGCAAAAAUCGCAGUUAAAUGUCGAGUUUUUGUGUCAAGAAGCAGCUAUUUUACUGCCGCCCAUCGGAACGCCGCUCACAAGUAUCGGAUUCACUCUCCGCUUACCGUGUGGGCAAGUAGAGAAGGCACGACGUGCAAUUCGUGUCUUUUUCCUCAUACGUCGGCUGUAUCAACAAUUUUUCGGGGAAACGGAAACUUUACUGCCUCUCACAAAUUUGAGUAAUUGCGUCAAAGUCGAACAAACGCUCGACUUGAACAACAGUGAUUUAAUCGCGUGCACAGUUUUAAUGAAAGACGGCACGAAAUAUCGCAGAUUUUUGGUUAUUGAUGUACUGCAGUUGAUUCUCAUUGAGCCAGAUCCCAAAAGACUUGGAUGGGGAGUUGCGAAAUUAGUUGGAUUUUUACAGGAUGUCGAAGUUGUGGGAGAUAAGGAUGAUUCGAGAUGCUUACAUUUGACGGUUCAUCGAGGAGGAGCAUUCACAAAUGCAAAUCGGGCGCCCAUUUUGUCAGCAAAAUUCAUCUUUGACGAUCACAUUCGUUGUAUGGCGGCGAAACAGAGACUUACGAAAGGUAGGACAAAGGCUCGUCAGAAAAAAAUGUAUCAAAUUGCUCAAUUGUUAGCGAUACCGGGACAAAUUACGUCGGAGUCGCCAGUUACGUAUGCCACACAUGCGAUGCGAAGUCGCGAAGGAUCUGCACGGAGUGGGUCUUCGUCGAGAGAUCAUCGGCCGAUUUUUAAUACGUCGAAUAGGAUUCCGGGAGUUGCUGCUGCGUUACGGAGGGAAAGCAUGCCGGGUGUUAGUCGAGUGCAAAUUACGCCGGGAAGAGGAGAUGGGGAAUCUCCGUCUUCUUCAUCACGUCAUCGCAGCUCCUCGAAUGCGCGUGCCUCAGCACAAACAUCCCGCGAAGUCAGUCGAUCUCGAAAUAGUCCACGUUCACGCGAAGGCAGUCCCCGCAUGAUGAUGCGUCCCCGUUCAGAAGAAAUUCCAUUAGAAGAUUUUAAGCGUUCCCAAAAUUCGAGUCCCGUUCCCGCUCUCAGUAGUCAUAAUUCCAGUCGCCCGAAUACUCCGGAUCGUCGAGACAUGUCUUUCGGCAAUGGCGCCAUACGAAAAUUGGAAGACGUAACGCCAAUCGUGACAACGCCCUCGGAAGAAACGUCGUUCAUGAGUCAACAAAGAACACCCGAACCAAAAAAGCCAAAAGGGACAAUUGAAACAGUUUAA